AUGCGUACACCCCUGUUUCUAUUUCUUCUCUCGAUAAUACCAAGAACAGAUGCUUGCAUUAAACUUAGUAAAUGUUCUGCGAAACCGAUGCGAUUUUUCGCCUUCUUCACAAAAGAUUAUGGCAAGAACUUGGGGAACAAUUUCUUCUCUGUGGUCUAUGAGUAUACUCCUCAUGACGUUCGAACUCUCAGAACAGACUGCGAGUUACAAGCUACAUGUAAAAACGAUUCAUUGGUUCAGGUGUACUACCCAGAUUUGAAUAUGACAAGAACGGAUUAUGGCGAUGGUAGAGGAUACCGACCGGGAGCAGUGGCAUUUACUUCUAAAAACCAAGCAAUCGGAGUGUGUGAUAUUGAAACUCAAAAAUGGAAGAUAACGACUUCAAAUUUACAUGUUAACGAGCUUAGUCUUGCUGUUAGUAGUUUCACUUUUGGAUGCGUAAAGUUCAAUCCAUCAUCCGUCAGGCCGUGUGCUUGUUCUCCGGGCAGACCUUCGCCAGAAGAAAAUAGAGAUGGAGCAGUAAUCAUUGCUUCUGAAGACAACUGUGAGCUCAGUGUUUCGUGUCCCGGAUCACGGAACAUGUUGUACGUCGAUGCUGUGGGUACCAAAACUUAUGUCAUUGGAUUGUCACCUGGCGAGACGCAACUAUUUGUGUGUAUUGACGCCCGUCCAACAGUAUCCACGUAUUUCGUGAACGGGAAAUUUGUUCCUGCUUUCUACUUUUAUUGUGUCUAGUUUUUUAUUGGAAGAAUAAAGAUUUGCAAUUCU